AUGGAUGAUAAACGAUUAGUUGAUCAUUUUGCCCUUAUUGGUGUUGGAAGUACAGGUCCUAUUGAACGGGAUGGAUUAAUUCCAACAUCAUCAUCAACAACAGAUACAUCUAUACAAUUAUCAUCUAAAACAUAUGAUUUAACACCACAACAUCAACAACCAAUUGUUGAUAUAGCUAUUAUUGAUCGUACACAUGAAGAAGAUCCACCAGCUGGUUAUGAAACAAUAUGGACAACUCCAAAUCAUUUUCCAGCUAAUCUUAAUCAUAGUGGAUUUCGUAAUCAUGAAAUGUAUUUAUGUAUUAGACGUGGACGUGAUAAACCACCAAUAACAGAUAUUGGAGUUUUACUUGAAGGACGAGAAAAAGUUAUGGAAAAUGUUUCAAUUAUUGAAACAACACCUCAUGGAUAUCCAGCUAGUAUAUUCAGCUCAUCAUUUAGUAAAGAACGAACAUUAAUUACAUAUCGACGAGCAGCAUCAAUGAUUUUAUGCAAUACUUUAGCUGUUACAGAUAUUUGUGUUAUUAAUGAAAGCAAGGGUGAAACUCCUCCACAUUCAUUUAAUAAAAUAAAUAAAAAUUUAAAUCGCUCAAUGCUUGGUUCAAAUGUCUAUCUUUGUUAUAAAAAAUCUGUUAUUUAUCCCAUACGUAUUCAAUAUCGUCCACAUAUUCUUUAUACCUAUCCACCAACAGAUGAUGAUCCAUAUUAUACUUUUCCUGAUAAAACUCCUCUUUUCUGUUUUCCAAUGGGUGCAUUUAUUGAACGAUGGCCAUCAAAAGUGACAUUACAAAGUGUUGCACCAACAUUUUCAACAUUUCUAUUAUCAAAUACAAAACAAUAUGGUGCUUGUAUAUCAUUUUAUGAAUUAUUUAAGGCAUAUGAUCGUUUAUUAUUAACAAAUAAUGAUUUAAUUAAUCGUUUAGAAAUUGACAAUGAUCAUUUAUAUGCAUCGACAUGUGUUGUUAUUUUUUCACGUCAUCCAUUUUUCGAUACUCUGAGACGAUUUUUAUUUAUAAUAUAUCAAUUAAUUGUUUCAUCGGGUAGGACAACAUCGAGUGAUAAUCAAUUAAUUGAUCGUAUACCAUUAAUUGAACAGUAUUUAAAACAUUUUUUUAAUGAUGUACCAUUUCCAUCACCAUCAAAGCCAAGAAUAUUUGUCCAAUAUGAUGAACCAUUAUUAAUUGUUCUACCCGAAGAUAAUGGUUUACCACAGAAUGGUGCAUCAUUUGUUGAUCUUUUAAAAAAUUUAGGAACAGAUAAUACAUUAACUUUAUUUUUAUUUGCUUUAUUGGAAUCGAAAUUGCUUAUACAUUCAUUAAGAUCAUCAGUAUUGACAGGCGUUGUUGAAGCAGUGAAUAGCAUGGUCUUUCCAUUCCAAUGGCAAUGCCCAUAUAUACCAUUAUGUCCUGUAGCAUUGAGUGAUGUAUUGAGUGCACCAAUUCCAUUUAUUAUUGGAAUCGAUUCACGUUAUUUUGAUGUUUGUGAACCACCUCCUGAUGUUAUAUGUGUUGAUCUAGAUACAAAUAUUAUUAUUGGAGGAACUGAAGAACAAAAACAUUGGUCUGUAAAAAUGUUUCCAAAAAAACCAUUUAGACAAUUAAAACAAUCAUUAGAUGAAAUUGAAUGUCAAGUACUUGAUACAUAUCAAAAACGUUUAUAUGAUCUUCGCACACGUUUAAAACGUAAUCGUAAUGAUUUUGAAUUACGUAUACAAAUGAUUCAACUUGAACGUAAUAUGGAAACACGAAUACGUGAUGUAUUUCUUCGUUUUAUGUGUACAUGUUUUUAUGGUUAUAAACAAUUUUUACGUCCAAUAUUACGUCGACCAAAUCAAUUAUCAACUGAUGCAUCUGUUUUAUUUGAAUUUGAUAGUUUUUUACAUUCACGAGAUUCAUCUUAUGCUAAAUUUUAUUCAUAUGUUUUACGUACACAAAUGUUUAGUCGUUUCAUAGAAGAACGUUCAUUUUUAUCAUCAAGUACAUUAAAUCAAUCAACAUUAAUUAAUGAUAAUGUUCAUCAUAAUUAUAGUUUAGCAUUUUUUGAUGAAUGUUGUACUAAAGUUAAAACAAGUAUUGAAAAUAAUGAACAACAAACAUUAUAUUUACUUGAUAUACAUGAUAUAACAACGAAUUUUUUAAGUGAAAAAACAACAUUAAUUUUACCAGAUUUUAUUGAUUCAAGUCAUUCAGGAACUAAUGGACAUAAUGAUUCAAUUAAUAAACAAAAUAAACCUAAUAACAAUGGAAAUAAAAUACAUGGUCAACAAAAAACUGAUAUAACAAAUUUAAAAUUACCACAAGAACAAGCACAAAUAUCAUCAAUGAAACUUGUACCAAAUAGUCCGAUGGUGAAACGAUCAAAAUUUGAGAGAGAUAAAUGUCAAAAGGUCGCUCGUGAAAAUAAAACUAAACCUACACAAUGGGCUUAUUGUUUAUUAUCCAAUGUUUAUUCUCUAUGGUUUAUGCAUUUACCUACUAUGAUUGAAUGUUAUACAAGUUCACGAGAUAUUUUAAAUUAUGCAUAUAAAAUUCUUGUACAAAUGAAUCGACAACAUUUAACAAAUCCAGAUGAAAUUUGUUUUCGUGUUAUUAUUCAAUUAUGUGGUCUUUAUGAUUAUCCUAUAUUAGCUGUUAAAACUUAUUCAUUUAUGAAAAAAACUGGUGUAGAAUGGAAUGCUGUUACAUAUGGUGCUUAUAAUAAAGCUGUUUAUGAAGGUACAUGGGCACGACGUGAUCGCUGGGCAACAUUACGUUCCGUAUUUCGAGCUGUAUGGGCAUUCAAAACUGCUCAUCGUUAUCGACAUAAUCAACGUAAUCGUCGUCCAUCAACAUCAUCAUUGGACGAUGAUGAUAGUGAUGGUGCAAUGAGUACCGAUUCUAAUGUUGGAUAUUCACAUACAAGUUGUAUUCCAACAACUUCUACACAUCCUACUAGAACACUUGGUUCAACCGAUAAUCUCAAAGAUAAUCGCGGAAAUAAUCCUAAUCAAGAUGAUACAUUAUCAACUGUACUUUCAACAUUAGCUGGAACAAUAAAAGAUAUAACAGAGAGUCCAUUUUUUCCAAAAAUGGCUUUUAAAAAACUACCAACAAUGGAUGGAUAUAUAGAUACUAAGAUAAUUCGUACAACAAAUACAAAUAAUAAUAACAAUAUUAAUAUUCAAGAAAUACCAGAAAAAAAUUUACUAUCAAAUAUACUUGAUAUGCCAUCUAAACUUGAUUUUAGUACACUUCAAUCAAUUGCUCAUCAAACAGGUUUAUUUAUUUUUCUUUUUGAAAUUCGUAUUAUUUUUUGUGAACCAUUUAAAACGAGCGUUGAAGUAUAA